AUGGAAAGCCAUGGAGAUAUAGCAAGACCCCAACAAGGGGCUCAAGGCAGGAUAAGGGCAGACCAUCUAUGGCAGGAGUUGAGAGAGUUACUUAACUCCAUUGGUGGAGGAGUCAAUAGAUCAAUGGAAAAAUGGAAAAAAGUGUGGGCGGAUUGGAAAGCCAAAACAAAAAAAAAGGCCUUGGCAAUGCGUCGCGAGGCUAGUGGUACUGGUGGUGGUCCAAGCAGCAGACAAACUCUCACAGCUUCGGAACAAAGGGUGUUGGGCAUAAUGGGUUUGUCUGCUGUUUUUGGUCUAGUUGGAAUUGAGGAGAGAGGAUUUGAUGAACCACCACUUCAAGGAAGCCCUCUACCAUCACCAUCCAGAGAUACCGUCCACACUGAAUUUCCCUCCCAAACUGCCGCAGACGAGAUUAUGUUGUAUUCUAUAGAAGCGUCUCCUGCCCCAUCAGCUCAACUGCCAUCUCCCUCUAUACUUUCACGUCUUCCUCCAACCCGAGUGUCAACACCACCGCUCGCCUCUGUGACCACGCCGAUGCCGUCAGCGACGUCUCGUAAUACAACUAUACGAGGCGAACCACAACGACGAAGGCGUCCGGCGACCCCUUCGCCCGUGGCGUCACCUGCCACGUCUACCGCGGCGGCA